ACAACGAUUAUAAAUAACGACUAUUCGACAAAUUGCAUUUUAUCUUGGCUCGAUGUAUUCAAUCAAGCCAAUUUUUUCUUCAAAAUAGUCAGAGGACUUUACUCAACUUGGUGACUUCUCUUGAACUAGGAUACCAUAUAUAUAUAUAUAUAUAUAUAUAUGGUCUUUUAGAGCAGAUUGUAACGCCUCGAAUGAUAUAUAUACAAAAUUAAGUCUAUUUAUGCAAAUUUGCUGUUUAACUCAAUUCAAUAAAAUUAUAGGUAUUCUUCAAUCUUUUCUAAUCAAUAGUUUUCAUCGAUACUUUCUUUAUAAUUAAAAAUGAUCAUUUUCAGUGGAUCUAGAGAAUUUCCUUGACUAUAUGACAUCUCAUUGUACUCAAUGUUGCAUCCAUCUUCAGACUAACAGGGACUCAUUAUCUACUUUCAAGAUUAUUUGAUGGAAUAGUCUAUUUUCAUAUAUGAUAGGAUCAGUAUAUUGGCAAUAAAUAGUAUAGUAUCUCUGAUAAAUUGAUAUAAAUAUCUCCUUCAUAAAUGAAAGCGAAACUCUUCACUAAUAUACAGAAAAAAAAACAUUCAAUCUACUCAUUGAUAUAUGUUUCAUUGAAAUAGUUUAUUAAGCAUAUUUAUCUAUAAAAUACAUCGAACUAUGAAAAAAAAGUCUAAAAAUAAGUAAAAAUUCAUAAAAACAAUUUUGUAGGCUCUAGUUGGAUGUUGUAAUUCUAUAAGAAAAUUCUAUUUGAAUCUCUCAAAUACAGUUCGAAAAUAGGCUCUUAGAGAUUUUAUUGACAAAGAAAAACACUUGAAAAUGAUGAAAAGAAUAUAAAAAUACAUUCUAUUGUAAUUCGAUUGAUAAAUAUAAAAAUAAUGUUGAAUAAAACAAAAACAAAUAUUUAAGUAAGCAAUUUUGUUAGACAACUAUUGUACUAAUCAAUGUUUUGUUGUCACUCGUUGCUGUCAUUGUUUUCAUUUUUUUUCUGUAUUUUUACCGUCAAUAUGUAUCUUUUAUUGAUGGAGACGAUUUUCAAAACUUCACACAUAUUGUCAUACUAAAUAUGUAUGUUUGACAAGAUAUUCUUUGAAAAAAUCUGGACAAUCAAAAAUCUUAUUAUGUUCCUUUUCAUAUUCUCAAAUGAAGAUGCUCGAAUUGGUCAACUGAUGUCUAGUUUUCUACUUGAUCUUUUAUUAUAUUUUCUGAGAAGUUGUUAUAUAUUAAUUAGUUAAAUUGAUAAUAUAUGUCAUUCUAUAAAGUAAUGUUCUUGUUUCAUUAUUUUAUUUGUUAUUUCUAAUGAAAUUAUUUGUACCUUUUGUUAACAUACUCUGUUCUUGUUACUACGGAUGAUGAUGAAUAUUUAAUCAUUAUUUUUCAAAAGAUUUUUAGGACAUUUUCUUCGUUUUGUUCAAUUUCUUACCCCUUUUUUUGCUCAUCAAUAUUGAUAAAAGAAUCGAUUUGCAAUCAUCCAGAAUUUCUUCAAUUUUACCUUUGAUAAAUUUACAUGAUCUUAAUUAAAAAUGAAUGGUUGAUAAUUGGUUUUAGUCAUCAAACGAAGUCACGCUUCCCUCGUGCUAAAUUGUAUUUCUCUUUUGACUACUUUCUUUUCUAUUGAAACUGAGGUGAGAAUUUGAGAUCAUUAAACCAGACCUUGUAUAUUUUCCGGUGUUGGAGAGGUUUUCAGUCAGGAUUUACUUUAGUAUGUGGGUGUGAAAUGGUGUGAGUGUGCAUCAAAAAAAAUAUUCAUUCACACCGACACAUCCACACACAUUCGAAACCUCAAUGAUUAUUUUCUUAAUCAAAUAUUCUGUUCUUCAGAAACAAAACUGAUUCAAUGAUUGAAUUUCUCGACUUUGCAAAUCAUAAUGUAAGCUUUUCUGAAAUCAUUGAAAUUUCUACAGCAACAAAACGAUUAUUUUGAAUCGAAAUACGGUAAUAUGUUUAUUAAUCAUAUUCGAUAUAUGAAAAAUAGCUUGGUUAGAAAAGAAGCUGAUAGCUGAUACAUAGUUUGAAGUAUGUUUAGUUUUAAAAUAUUCUUAUCUCUCAAGAAAGUCGACGGAUAUUGGUUUGUUUCUUGGGUGUAUUCUACAAGACAAACAAUUUUAUCGAAUUUUGAGUGUGUUAGUGACAAGCAUUUUGUGACUGUUGACGAUCAUCGACCCAACUAAUUUCAAUAAAACUGUUCUAAACGGGUGUGUGUGGGUGUGGGUGUGGGUGUGAGUGUGGGUGUGGGGUGUGGGUGUGGGCGUGGGUAUAGAAUAAAUGACAAAACACAUCCACACACCCACACCCUCACCCUCACACCAACACCUACACCCACACCCAUGCAGACCCACACCCACGCCCACACCCCACACCCACACCCACACACACAUCCACACCCUUUUUCUAUCUUUCAGGGUGAAAUAACAAAUGGAAUACAAAGGAAAUGGACACAUGAUGAAGUUAUUAUGAAUGUAUUUUUAUUUUUAAUAGCCGGCUAUGAAACAACAUCGACAGCUCUAGCUUGUGCAACGUAUAUAUUGGCAUUGUAUCCACAUGAACAAAUCAAAUUACAAGAAGAAAUUGAUCGUUCACCGUUAAGUGAUGCCAACGAAUUGGAACAAUUGGAUUUAUUUAUCAAAGAAGUUCUUCGCAUGUAUUCAAUACCAAUAUCAUUUGUUAAUCGUCUUUGUCUCAAUGACACAAUUGUUUGUAACCAACAUAUUUCUAAAGGUGAUAUUAUACAACCUGAUAUCUAUUCGAUCCAUUAUAAUUCUGAACUUUGGGGUCCUCAUGAUCCAUACGAAUUUUAUCCCGAUCGUCAUCGAGACAAACAACGAUCACCAAUGGCUUUUAUGGCGUUUGGCAACGGUCCAAGGAAUUGUGUUGGAAAGAGAUUUGCUCUACUUGAAAUGAAAUUAUUUCUGGUAAACCUACUUCGGAAAUAUACUGUAUUGAAAUCACGAAAACUCGAAUCCCAUUUCAAUAUAAGAGAAUUAACAUUGAUAACACCAGAUGAAGUUUGGAUUCGACUUGAAAAGAGAACACAAACAGUAUCUAAUUCGGAAUCUUGA